AUGGCACUACCACCACAGCUAUCUCGCGCACUAGAAAACUUCAGAGACCAAGCCAAGGAUGCACUGUGGGCGCUGUCGUCGUGCCUGUGCCAGCAAACGCCCAAAGUCAAGAUCAACGGACGGACGUUUCAAAUUAUCAAGGUGCUUGGGGAAGGCGGGUUCUCGUUCGUGUAUCUCGCACAGGAUGAGGAUAGUGGGAGACAAUUCGCUCUAAAGAAGAUUCGAUGUCCAACAGGUGCGCAGGGCGUGAAAGAGGCGAUGAGAGAAGUGGAGGCAUACCGGAGAUUCAAACAUCCUAACAUCAUCCGAAUCAUGGACUCAGCUGUUGUCCAAGACCCCGAGGGCGAGGGUCAAAUCGUCUACCUCUUCCUGCCUCUUUACAAGCGCGGAAACCUGCAAGACGCUAUCAACGCUAACGUCGUACAUGGACGACACUUCCCUGAACAAGACAUGGUCCGCCUGUUCCGCGGGACCUGUCUCGCCGUACGCGCUAUGCAUGAGUACCGACCCACCACCCCACGCUCCGCUGCCGCCGCCAAAAACUUGAAGUCUACAUCCACUGGCAAAGCUCGAGCAAAUGAAAACGAUGCCGACGACGAAGAUGACGACGCGCGCUUUCCGCAGGCAGAAGGCGACGCAGAGGGUGGGUACUCGUACGACGGUGGUGCAUCUGCGAGCAUGCCGCUUGUGUCGCGGAGGCUUCAAGAUGAGGAGCCGGAUGUAGUGUUUGACGGUGAUGAGGAGGUGGAAAAUGCGCAGCAGCAGGGGAACGCACUGGAAAUUGUGCCGUAUGCGCAUCGAGAUUUGAAGCCAGGGAAUGUGAUGAUUGCGGACGACGGCAAGACGCCUAUUCUUAUGGAUUUUGGAAGCACGAUGAUGGCGCGGGUGCAUAUUGAGAACCGGUCACAGGCGCUGUUGCAGCAGGAUAUCGCAGCGGAACAGAGCACAAUGGCGUACCGCGCGCCUGAACUGUUCGACGUCAAAACAGGACAGACUAUCGAUGAGAAAGUUGAUAUUUGGUCACUUGGAUGCACGCUUUAUGCACUCGCAUACUCUCAUUCACCAUUCGAAAAUACCCAGACGACUGAGCAGGGUGGCUCGAUAGCAAUGGCUGUCCUCAAUGCACAGUAUAAACACCCGCAGUCUGCGUAUUCGCAGGGGCUCAGGGAUCUGAUUGAUAGCAUGCUCAAAGUAAAUCCUGCGGAGAGGCCGGAUAUCAAUCAGGUUAUUCAGAUGACGGAUAGAGUGCUUCAGAGCUUGGCUUGA